GCUUCGCUGGCUUCAGCUCCCCAUCUGAACCUUUUCCACCCCGAACAUCUCUGGUUCAUGGUUUCCUGACACAACGCAUUUAUCUUUCGGUGAAAAAGGAUGAAAAACGGGCAUCAGGAUGGCGGGGUCAUUCAAGAUCCCCUUGGCACCUGUUCACGGAUAUACGAGCCUGAUGGAACGCCAUGUGUUGGUUAUUUGCAUGUUUUUUAAUUACCUCUCGCAGGAAAUCAAAGGAUACACACCGAGUUUGAUAAAGAAGAUUAUCGUGUACAUAUCUUACUUUCUUACCUGUGGAUUACUGCGAUUAGUCUUUCACUGGAUGCCACAAUGGAUGCUCAAGUGUACGCAUAGUUUGUGUCCCCUACCCGAUGCACAGAAGGUGCUAAUCAAAGAUUCUUCCGGUGUUUAUUUCGUUCUUCGUGUACUCGCAUCCGUUAUCGAAGAUGAGGGGUAUGUUUUCAGUUCAACUGUGAUCACUCGACACUUCAGGGAGAUGAUGGUGAGGACACACACAGUCCCUAUCAACAAAGUAGCACCUGACUGCUCGAGUUCCAUGGACAAGGUAUUUUUUUGCAUUAAUCCUAACAAGUUUCUCGAGGAUCCGAACAUUACCAUCUACUUCUUUUAUAAGAAACUGAAAUAUAUUUGGGAUCGGGACCUCUGUCAGUUCAAUCUACUCAGUGAGUGGAAUGGUUGUCCAUAUGCGAAGCUGUUCCCAGCAAGGCCGCUGCCCGAGCACAUCGUUCUCAAUCGUCGUGCGCUGUACGAACCCAACGAAAUCGUUCUCCGAAUUACCCCGAUCAUAAAAUUGUUAUUGACCAAGUGUUUGAAUCCGUUUUACUGUUUCCAAGUCUUCAGCUGCGCCCUUUGGUUUGCAGAUGACUACUGGAUGUAUGCGUCGUGCAUACUGAUCAUGUCCGUUCUAUCACUCAUCAUGCAAGUGUACGAGCUGCGUCGAAACGAAAUUGCUUUGAAGAAAACCGUUUGCGGAUCUGCUCUCGUUUCCGUGUGUCGCGAAGUGAACGGCCUGACCGACUUCAUUCAAGUUGAUUCGACUGAACUGGUUCCGGGUGAUCUGAUUGAAAUCCCAAGGAAAGGAUGCGUCAUGCAUUGUGAUGCGUUUGUGCUCACCGGAAAUUGUAUCGUGAACGAGAGCACUCUUACGGGCGAAAGCGUUCCUGUGACCAAGACCCCGUUGCCCGAUAAUCAACAGCUGGAUGGCGGGUGUAACUUGAACGCUAUGGCAAGACAUGUGCUGUUCGGUGGUACAUCAGUCAUCCAAACACGUAACUAUGCCAAUGAGCGGGUUAUUGCACUCGUGGCACGCACCGGCUUUCGUACAGCCAAGGGUGAACUGGUUCGGUCCAUUCUCUUUCCAAAGCCCAUGAAGUUCAAGUUCACACAAGACGCCCUGAAAUUCGUUCUCGCCCUCGCUUGUAUUGCUGUGAUUGGAUUGAGUUUGUCGAUCUAUCUCAUGUAUCGGUCUGGAGUUGACACAAAGUCACUGUUUGUUCGAGCACUGGACUUAGUCACGAUCGUUGUCCCGCCUGCCCUCCCUGUUGCUAUGACUGUUGGCAUCGUGUUUGCCCAGCGUCGGCUCCGCUCCGAAGACAUUUACUGUAUCAAUCCGGGCGCCAUCAACGUGUGCGGCGUUAUCAGUGUGACUUGUUUUGACAAGACUGGCACACUGACUGAGGAUGGAUUGGACUUGUGGGGUGUGGUACCGAACGACCAGGGCAAUUUUGGCGAGCCACACUUCAAGCCCCAUGAAUUGGAACGAGGCCCCCUGAUAGAAACGAUGGCCGCUUGCCACUCACUGACACUGAUCGAAGGUGUGCUUUCUGGCGAUCCACUUGAUUUGAAGAUGUUCCAGUCCACGCAAUGGGAAUUUUCUGAACAAAUAUCCGAAGAUCACUGUAAAUUCGAAAUGGCUGUGCCGGCUAUUGUGCGUCCACCGGCAAAAUCAUCUUCGACACAUCUCCCUCUGGAAUCCACUGUGAACCCAGAGGAAGUAUUUUUGAGCAUGUUCCCCCAUAACUUUUAUGAAACCUGUAAUUUGCAUUCCCACACCUCUUCACUCCCAUCACAUUCAUGGUAG